AGCAUUCCCAAACCAACCAACUCGAAAAUGACGAACCACUAAUUGGGGACAUUGCUUCCAGUCAAAGAAAAUAUUAUUUGUAGAAAGCAUAUGGCUCUGCAAUGCGUCAUAAAGCCCAAAAUGUGGUUGGGCCUUAAGCAGAUCCUGCUCUACGUGGGCCUACUGCUCUGUGUCCUUCUUCAAGUUUGCAGAAGCAAGCCGGAGCAGAUGUUCUGUCCCACCGUUUGCCACUGUGAUCUGCAUGUCCAGCGAAACCGAGCGAUAUGCAGUGCCAAGCGCCUAAUAAGCGCCAAUAUAGAAAUGCCCCUAACCGUCGAGCUGUUGGACUUGAGCUAUAAUGAUAUAACCACAAUAGAUGAUGACUCCUUCAAGACUACAAUUCAUCUGCUAAACCUAACUUUGGCCCACAAUGCCAUUCACACAAUUUACGGAGAUGCCUUUUCCGAGUUGGCGAGACUACGCUACUUGGACCUAUCCUACAAUCGCCUGGAGCAGAUCGAUGAACACAUCCUGGAGUCCAACAACCAACUUAUCCACCUCAAUCUGGAGGGCAACAAGUUGUCCACUCUCGGAAAAGGACCAAUUUUGAGGAGUCCUUCGCUUCGCUCUCUCAACCUGCGCAACUCGCAGGUAAAUCAACUGGGAAACCAGCUAUUGAGUGCUCUGCCCCAACUGCGCCAGCUGGAUCUGGCUCAGAAUAUGCUGGUGACCCUAAGUCCUGGGGAUUUUCAUGCGCCGCGAUACUUGGCCUCGUUGAAUGUGGAGGAAAAUCCCUUCAACUGCGAUCGAGCUUUGGCCAAAGUGGCAACUGGAUUACGACAACGCGGCGUGGCCAUUUUCAUGAGCGACUGCGUGGAGGAGGAGGCAGCUGCUCCUGAGGAGGUGGAAGUCCAGGAGGAGGUGAAAGUCCAGGAAGAGGCAACCAUGAAGUUCGAGCGAAUGGAGCAUGUGGAACCAAGUACCCAGGGACCUCAGUCGGUUCUCUCCAUCUGGCGGGAGUUAGACUCCAGUGAGGAGGGAAACAGCGAGGAGGAGGAGGAUGCGAAGAUGUCAUCACUUAGCGAUGUUUGCGAGGGAAGUCGGGAGAAGCUCUGCCUGAGGUAUCGCACCUGCCUGGAGCGGGUGAGCCAUGAACUUCUGGCUGGAGGAAACGCCCAGUUGGAUGAUGGUAUUUCACGCACCCAUUCCUACGACGAGGAUGACCUUAAGUUGGCCUUUGUGGUGGGCGGAGCCACGGGCGUUUGCAUGGUCAUCUUCAUCAUCACCUUUGCCCUGUGCCUCAAGAGCUGCUGUGAGAUGAGGAAAAAGAAGAGCAGCCCAGAGGUUGUCGAUGGAGAUUCAGCCCCUCUGGAUCCUUCCCAGGAGAGUCUGCCCACCAUUCACACCUGGUCGCCGCAGAGGAGCCGCCAACCCAGGCGCUCCAAUCCCCAGCGUCCUCGAAGCACUUCAUCGCGUGCCGUGGUACGCCAACCCUACGGACCGCAGGACAAUUUCGUGUCCCGCCUUUUCGGACGUCCGGCUCGCAGUCAGUACUACCGCACCAUCAAUCAGAACACGGCCACCCUCAUCCGGCGACUCAGUCGGAGCAACCUCUUCACCAGUCGGGAUCGGGAGCAGAGCUCACCAACCACACCGCCAACUUCUGCGGCCAGAUUCUACACGGAUGUGGUCGAAAGUGGCGCCGCGAGACCGGAGACACCGCCUCCAAACUACGGCGAUGUGGUGGUCAUCGAGAAUUGUGAUAACAAGUGAAGAAAGUCCCCUUCCUGUGAAGGCAAACAUUCGUUAUAGCUAUUAUAUAUUCUAAGAUAUCGCUCUUCUCUUACUUACCUCAUUUAUAAUAAACACACAUAUAAGAUAAUCAACAAAGAAAAGAAUUUGGUUGUAAUAUCCGU